AAUCUCCAAGGUUCCUUGUAGGGGAAGCCACGACAGCUAAAACUGGUUCUUUUGCGCUUGUGGUCGUGUGUAGACGUGCUCUGCAAGUCUUCUUUAGCACACUUAAGCAUUAAGCGGGCUUCUUGUCCAGAGAAGUGCAUUUAAAAUCGGAGAUCCUGGAGGAGACUCAGCUCCCCUCACUUUAAAAUCCGGGAGCGAAAAGUGCUUCCGAGCUGUAUGCAGUCUGUGCUUAUUAUUAUAGAGUCAUGUAGUUAUGGGACUGCUGGAACCCCAAAGAUCACGUUGCAGGCAGUGGGCGAGAAAGAAAACCGCAGCAAAACCGUCUUGACUUUUUUUAUGUCCAGCUGGGGAUCCCAGAAAUCCAAUUUUCUUUAAAGACUCCGACUCACGCAAAAGGAAACCCGAUCUGUCACCGCUCCUCCCGCUCCAAAAGGAACAGGGAUUUUCGCCGCAGUGGAACACAAGAAGCGGAAAAAGCGAUUUGGGGUUCAGGUCCCCUGCCAUCAGGAAUCUUGGUUAAAAGUUCCUAAAACAAAACUGGGAGGAGAAACGGAGCAUUGUGGCUCUGGAUGGUGGUGAUCCUUGAAGAAGUCGUGGUGGACCUCACCGUGGAGUCUUCUGGACCUGAACCCAAAGAAGCUCUGUGCAGGGGUCCAUCAUGCAGAACAAUUUUGGAACUGUGGCCUUGCUGGGGUUACCCAUUGAUGAGCCAGAGUUGAUCUGCAAGAUUGAACCAGAGGAAGAACUGUGGAUCCCAAGUGAGCAGGCUAAAGAGAGGCGAAUCCUGCCCGGAAACAAGUUGGCUGGUGGAACUGCAGAACCCGCAAUUACCCCCUACAGGCAGUAUCGUGGUACAACAUGGACCUACCCUGAGGUCAUCGACCUUCUGGUCAUCUGGAGAGAGCGGGAGAUCCAACAGGAGCUGCAGAGGAGCCACAGAAACAUAGAAACUUUUCAAGUCGUGGCCAGCAAGAUGGCCAAGAGAGGCCACAAACGUUCUGCAUUGGAGUGCAGGUCGAAAAUCAAAACGCUGAAGAGAGAUUAUAGAAUAGCCAAGGCCAACAACUCCCCCGGGAAGGGGCAUUUAGCUUGGCUUUUUUAUGACCGGCUUGACCACCUCUUGGCCAACGAUGCAAACAUCCCACCUCCAGAGAAGCUGCCUAAUUUCAGCCGCCGCGGGGUGCCUCGAGCGGACUCUAUUUCCCAGUGUUCCACGGAGGAGGAAGGCAUGCCAGAGGGGACCAAGGAAUGCAGUCCAGCCAGUCGGGAGCUUUUCCCUCUGAGAACACAGUCGCCAGCUGAGGUCUCUAAUGUGACGGACUGCUUCCCUCUGUCUUACAUUAAGGAGGAAGCCCCUGAUGAGACAGCAGGGGAGCCUCCGGCGGGCCUAGCAGAAGUAAGUAGUCCAGCUGCCCUGCUGCCAUCUGCUUCCUGUGACAAACCAGGCAGCUCUGCCUCAACAGUAGAUGGGGCUGUCACGCCCUCCCAGAGUCCUUUGCCUGCCCCGGUAAGGUCUUACGCUGCUGAGCGGCUUGCCAACAUCCGAAAACGGAAAAGGAAAAACAGACAAGACAUGGCCCUGGAAAUCACACAGGCGGCUGACAAAAGGGUGCAAGCGGCCACUGACCGAAUCCUGACAGCCCUGGGUGAAUAUGCCAAGGCAGACCUGGAGGAGCGCGAGAGGGACCGUGUGGACACUGAGCAGAUCAUUGCGCUCAUGAACCGCCAGACCGAACUGCUGGAGUCACUGGUGCGAAAGCAGACUGAGGCUCAGGCCCCCGUGUCCCCUGUGUUGACCCGGCACACCCGGUUACCACGGCUCGGACAGCCAAAUCAUUCUGCAGACUCUUCUCCCUUGCGCUUGGGCGUUCCCAGACGGCCCGCUGCUCGGGCAAGGUACAGGAGGUGACUCUGCAGCUGCACCGCAUCUAAUGAGGUGGACAGCACCAAAGUUCACUUUUAAAAUGAGCACCUGCACAGUCAUUCAUGCAAAAAUAUGUACAGAGACCUGAAUGCACAUGCAAUGGGAUGUCUGGACAGGGCCCCUGUGUGAGUCCUUGGAACACCAGAGUCUCCAAUGCAGCGGAAGUGGACAAUAAAGAUUGG